AAUCCUGUAUAGACAUUUUGACGAAAUCGGAAAGAAGAACGAGAGAGAUGAGUGGGAGAGAAGUUCCACGGAGGGAGAGUCCGUGGGGAUUACCCGACGGAGACACACGACAACCCAAGGCUCACAGAUGCAACGAUCGCAUUGAAGAUGUUGUCCAAGCUUGUUUUGAAGGUAACCCUUUUAAGACAGUUCCUGGCCCUUUUAAGCUUUUCUGGCGUUGCAUGCAAUCCAAACCCGGUGAAGAGCCUACUGAACCAUUUUACUAUUUGCAAUUAGCACCACCAACUAGAGAAGUCAAGCUCGAGUAAAUGCAACAAGAUAGAUAGUUUCUAUCUCUUCUCUUCUAUUCUCUUUAUUAGGGGAUAAUAAAAUCCUUUUGUGCUUUUGUUCUGUGAUCAUGAAUAAAGUUUCUAUCUCUUCACCUUA